UCUACGCCCCAAUGUACACUAAUUACCUCGGGUGCCUGGUCAGGCAAUCGUACAACCUUACAAUGUAUUGUAGCUGAACGUGGACUGCGCCUGCGGUGACCAAGUAGGUCAAUAGGCAGCAUAUAUAAAGAUCGACAUUUGCAAAUGAGAUGCACAUAUUCUUCUUCAAAACCUUCUUGAUAUAAGGCCCGCGACCGUAUCUCGUGACUCUGAUCUGAACAGCACCUCAGUGUACACGCACCCCACUCACCAAGCAGUACGACCACCCAAACAACUACAAAGACGAAGAAGAUGGCGACCCAAGCAAAUGAACCUUCCCUUACGCUAUCGAAAUUCUUCAACGACGAAAAGAUUUACACUCCAAUCCCCAUUUACCUCCCUCAAGCCCUUACAGCCGAGCAACUCACCAACUUCCCCGCCUUCAAGAACUGGCUGACGCGUCUACUCAAAAACUUCGCCCUGCAAGACGAAGCCACGCACAGAUUUCACGCUAGACCAUUCCGCUUGCACCGCAUCGAUGUGGAGUCUGUCGUGUGGUUCGGCCCAAAGCCGGGGUUCGUCAAGCUGCAGGCCAAAGUGCAGAACUACGAGGAUGAUGAGGCGAAAGGGUUGAGCAGUGGGGAGAUGGCGAAGAAAGGUAUGCUGUGGAUUCCUGGGGCUGUGUUUUUGAGAGGUGGAAGUGUGGGUGUAUUGAACCAGCCCAAAUCAUCCACCCCCACCCCCACCCCCACCCCCAGCUCGAGAGAAGAAGAAGAAGAAGAAGAAGAAGAAACAUACACGCUCCUCACAAUCCAACCACGCAUCCCCUCCGGCUCCCUAGCCUUCCCCGAGAUACCCGCAGGCAUGCUCGACGGCUCACACAAUCUAGGCGGUAAAGCCGCGCAGGAGAUCCGCGAAGAAACAGGUCUCGUGAUCCAGGAAUCCGAGAUGAUCGAUAUGUCGGCGCUCGCGACUUCGAAAGUCACACUGGAUCCUUCUUCUUCUUCGUACUCUCCCGGAAAACUCAGCUCAACUUUACACGAAGACAUCCAAAAUGCAAUGUAUCCCAGCGUCGGCGCCUGCGACGAGUCCAUCUCUCUCUUCCUGUGUCAGAAGCGCAUGGCGCGCGCCAAGUUGGAUGAGCUGAGGAAUAAGCAGACGGGUUUGCGUGAGGAAGGUGAGACGAUCACCGUUAAGGUUAUUCCGUUCAGCGAGUUGUGGCGGGAAGGGGGAAGGGAUGGGAAGGCGUUGGCGGCGCUGGGGUUGUAUUACAGCUUGAAGGAGAGAGAUCUGUUGCCCGCUUGGCCAGUGAAGCCUAGUGAGCGUGAGAACGUGUAG